CAUGGCUCAAAAGACUUAAUAAUGUGGCGAGCAUCGUGAGAGUCUACGGGGCGCGCGCUGUACACUGCAGCGCAGCGAACCUUGUCGUCGUCAAGAAGACAACCUCGGCCGCGGGAGGUGUGAUGGGCCUCGGCAAAGGCAAGAAAAAGGCGGGCAAGCUGGGCACCAUAGAGAAGAAACAACUGCCCGUUGAAGCCGAUCCACACCGUCUCGUUACUUACGUAUGCGGCUCCAACAUUUACACCAUUGGGGAGGAUGUAAAGAUUAAGGAGGAUAGCGAGUAUCCAGACUGGUUGUGGCAGCUAAACACGGGUCCCCCACCUCGCAUAGAGGACCUCGACCCCAACACCAAGCAGUAUUGGUUGCGCGUGCGCGCUGCGGGCAUGCGACGGAACAAUAAGCUCCGUUCAAUGAGAAAGUUCUGAUCUUUGCUCGCGUGUUAUAUCAUUGUAAAAUAGAUUUAUUACUAGACAAUUAAAUUG